AUGUCAUUGACAUCAAAUAUAAUGCUUCAAGCCUCCCGUGUGUCGGGAAUGGUGUUGAAACGUGGCGGUGCCACUGGUUUGAUGGUUCACAGAGACACCAAAGAGAACAAUUUGAAUAGUGUUAAGUUCAAAUUCGAUGCUGAAAACCAGAAACGCGUCGAAUCAAUCCUGGCAAUUUAUCCAGAAGGUCACAAAGCUGGAGCUCUUCUUCCAUUGCUUGAUUUAGCUCAAAGACAACACGGUUGGUUGCCAAUUUCUGCAAUGCACGAAGUUGCGCGGAUUUUGGAAGUUCCACGAAUGAGAGCAUAUGAAGUCGCCACAUUCUACACAAUGUACAACAGACAACCAAUGGGAAAAUACUUUUUGCAAGUCUGCGCAACAACUCCAUGCAUGUUGAGAGGUGCUGAAACAAUCACUGAAACUAUUGAAAAGAAAUUGGGCAUUCAUGCUGGAGAAACAACAAAAGACGGACUUUUCACUUUGGCUGAAGUUGAAUGUUUAGGAGCAUGUGUAAAUGCACCAAUGAUUCAAAUCAAUGAUGAUUAUUUCGAAGAUCUUACACCAAAGGUAAGACUUGAUUUCUAGUCUCGCGAAGACAUUACAUUUUUUUUACACCUUAAAAAAAUUUGAAAUUAAAUUUAGUAAUCAAAACCAAUAAUACGUGUAUUGAAUGUUUCUGGUUCACGCUGUAAAAUUAUUGUUUGACUAAAAAUUUCGAAGCAUUUCAUUAUUCGAAAAUAAUGCUGCAUUUGAGUAAUUUCUAAUUUUUCAGGACGUUCUCGAAAUUUUGGAUGAUUUGAAAGCCGGAAAGAAGCCAGCAGCUGGUCCAAGAUCAGGCCGUUUAGCAGCCGAACCAUUCGGCGAACUUACCUCACUCAAAGAACCCCCACCGCCACCAGGUUUUGGUCUCCAAGCUGCAUUGAAGUAAAUAAAGUUUUAGAGAACGAUGAGGAUUAUAAAUGUAGAUUUUUUUGUUUUUUAUUCGGUAAAAAUAAUUUUUAUCUCCUCUGAUUUGAUUUUCGUGGUUUUUUAUUAUUUUGAAAAUGGUUUCUCAAAACCAUGUUAUAUUUUUCAUUUGAAACAUUCAUUUCAGAAGCUUAAUUUCAAGUUUUAUUUCAGAUGGGCAGAAAAAGCGUUUCAGCAAAUGCGCAAACACCAGCACCAAAAACACCUUCAAGAUCACCAAAAACUCGAGCAGAAAAAAGCUGCCGCAACACCAGGAAGAGAACCAGUGACACCAAAAGUUGUACCAAAAACACCAGCAACCAAGAAGGUUGUCAAAGUGAUUCCAGACGAACCAGUCGAAGUUAUUGCACCGAAAACACCAGCAAAAACCCCAAAAAAGACAAGAAGUGUGCCAGUUGAUGUUGUUAUUCCGGAAACAAAGACUCCUGCAAAAACACCAAAGAAAACAGCAGCCGCGACAAAAUCUCCAGUUGUUUUGAAAGAUGAUGACGAGGAAAUUACAGUAACAAAAACUAUUGGAGAACCAACUUUUGCUAAAAAAGAAGAAUUGAAAGAGGAAGAAGAUGUUAAAGAAAUUCUGUCAUCUGCUGGAAAGAAGGCCGCAAAAGUAACUACAAAUGAAAACUUCGAUUCAGCUCAAAGAAUUCUUGACGCACAAGAUCAAGCACCAGUUGCACUUUCGGCUCUCAAAAAGUUUUUCGCUGAAAAGAAUGAGAAAUCACUUUUCCCAGAUAUUGAUUAUGCUUUGAAUUUGGUUGUUUCUUACAAAAAACCAGCACUUGUUACUGAAAGAGGACAAUUGAAUAUGUUAGUUUUUUGAAUUGUUUUGUAUUGGGAAAUCUAAUUGUAAACUGUUUAAUUUUUAGUAAACUUCCACAUUCAUCAAAAACCAUCAACAACACAUCGAUUUGCCUUAUUCUUCCUGAUUUGGAUCAAUCUGACAAAGCUCGCGUUGAUUUCGACGUCGAAAAACAAUCACGUGAAUGGGCGGAAAAAUUGGAAGUUGAUCAUGGAAUCACAAGUCAACAUUAUUCAAAAAUCUUGACAAAAAGAGAAGUUGAAAGAAUUGCUCAUACAUACAAAGAUCAACGCAAUCUCGCUUCUUCUUAUGAUGUAUUUUUGGCUGAUUCUAGAGUUUACAAAUCAGUUAGAAGUUUCCUUGGAAAAGAAUUCUGGCGUGUCAAUAAAGUACCACGUCCAUUCAAAUACAAUAAACCAUUGUCAACUUCGAUUUCAAACGCAUUGACCACAGUUACUUAUCCAUUGGCUAGAUUUUUGACAAGAGCGUGAGUUUUGAAAAAUGAAAAUAAUGAAACAUUCAUACGUCGCAUGCCAGGGGUAAUCGACCCGUGGAGGGGUUAUCCCUCACACUAAAUUUUGGAGGGGUUGUCACUUGAGAUAAAAAAUUUUAUGAAAUUUUCUCAGUUUUGAUGAUAAUUUUCUCUACAUAUUCUGCCAUAGGGAUACCAAUUUAAGCCUCAAAAAAGUUUCCACAUAAAUAUCUAAUUAAAUUAGCGGUAGCACGCCUUUAUUAGACCCUUAUCAACUAUGCUCCACAAUAAAAUCUGAAGAAUUAAGCCUGGUAUCAAGAUGGGACCACUAUGUCAUUUUUCACCUCUGUUAUCAAAGAACACAGGGGUAAAAAGUCAGUAGGGGUAUCUAAAGAAUACCAAUGAAUAUUAGACUUGAGUUAGGGGUAGCAUGCCUUUAUUAGACCCAAGAGAUUAGUUUUAAAAAGACCAUAUCAAAUCUAGCUAGUUAAACGAGACAUUAAAUAAAUCAAAUUGUGCAACCACAAUGAUCCACAUUAAUUUUGAAAAACUCUACAUUGUCGCUUAAUCAUAAUUUUUGCAAAUAUUACAGUUACUAACUGUCAGUUGAUAUGUGAAAAAAUGACAUAGUGGUCCCAUCUUGAUACCAGGCUUAAUUCUUCAGAUUUUAUCGUUGAGAAUAGUUGAUAAGGGUCUAAUAAAGGCAUGCUACCCCUAACUCAAGUCUAAUAUUCAUUGGUAUUCUUUAGAUACCCCUACUGACUUUUUACCCCUGUGUUCUUUGAUAACAGAGGUGAAAAAUGACAUAGUGGUCCCAUCUUGAUACCAGGCUUAAUUCUUCAGAUUUUAUUGUGGAGCAUAGUUGAUAAGGGUCUAAUAAAGGCGUGCUACCCCUAAAUCAAGUUCAAAAUUCACUAUUUGCCUCAUUGAUGCAAAGUCUGAGCUUAAGCUCAAUAAAAUUGUAAUUUUCAGAUUUCUAUAGCUGGAAAUGAAGAAAAAAAUGAAAAGAAAGGGGGGUUAUCCCUUUCGUCGAAAAUUUUCAAAAAUAGGGGUAUGCACUGGCGGAUUUGAAACAGGGGUAUGCGACGUAUGGAAACAUUUCAAAAUCUCAAAUGAAUGUCAAAAAACCGGAUGACUGAGUUUUUCGAAAAUUCUGAUAUUGUCAAUCAAUUUUUUUUCAAAAUUUUGAAUAUAAUAUUAAUUUCAGCUGUGUUGGUGUUGGUCAUCUUGGACAACCAUCAUCUGAUCUCAUCGAAAACAUCAAAACAGCAAUCGAAGAGAUUUCCACAAAAUGCCCAGGUGGUUUCGAAAAUGUUCGAAACAUCUAUAUUCAACCAAGCAGUGGAAAUCCAGCUCUUCCAAUUUACGCCGAUGAAGGUUUGUUUUCAUUUUUAAUUCUGUGAAAUGAUGUUUUCUCUCAGGAUCAUCUUCUGAUGUCAAAUUGCCAACAGGAAGUGCUGCUGACAAUAAAUCGAAGAAAGAGAUAACUGAUGAAUGCAGUACUUUACCGGAUGGUUUGAAGAUUUCAAUCAGAAAGAAUGGAAGAAUUCGUGUUAUUGAUGAGAAAACAAAUAAAGCUGUGUUGUAUCCAACUAGUAAGUUUAUUUUCCUUAUUUUGAAAAAAAAAUGAUGAGGACGUGGAAAAAAUGAGCUCGAAUCCCAAGAAUCAAUCUGCUCGUUUAAUUUUAAAAUGAUUGUUAAAAUUCCACGUUUUAGUUCACGUUUUCUUCCUUUAAAAAAAUUAUUUUCAUUUCAAAAUUAUUUUUUUUUCAGUAAACGACGAAUGGUCAGAUCGUGAUAGUUUGAUUCCAACAAUCGAUCCAAAGAAAGUUUUGAAAAAGAGAGAAAAUAGAAAGAAGUCGAAGAUUAUAAAGAAGAAAAUCACUGCAAAUCGCGCCAAAAAAGCAGCAAAAAGAGCCGCUGUUUCAGUUGCUGUCAAACCGGAAUCUGCUCCACCAGCCAAAAAAGCUAAAGUAUAAUCAUUGUUUUUUAUUCCUGUUUUCCUUUGUUUUUUGUUUUGUUGAUUUUUACUGUUAUUUUUAAAAUCCUCCCUAUUUUGAUGUUUGGUGUACUGGAAAAUAAAUAAAUUGUUGAAAUUUUGAAAAAAAAAAGGAUAAUGAUAGAAUAAUGGUUUGAAAUCCAUUUGAAAUAUUUUUGUAAUUUUGAAGUAAGAAUUGAACUGAAAUAAGAAAAUUUUUACCUUUUAAAAAUCAAUUCCCAAUGGGUCUCGAUAAAACCAGGCUUGUAAAUUUUGAAAUUCUGUUUCCGAGAAAUUAAAAUUACGAAAAGAUUCCUCUAAAUUUCGUGUUUUAUAUUUUGUUUCUUACAAGAAACACCGGAAAAAAAAGAAUUAGAGCUCAAAAGUCGACGGCGAGUUCAGAAGGUUUCCUUUGAAUCUAAAAAAAAAAUAUAUUUAAAUUUUUUUUUGAAAGUUUUUUUCGGUGCAUUUUUUUAAAAAAUUAUUGAUAAAAUUUCAAAUAAAAAUGUUUAUAUUUGUUUCAGAUGAGUUUACCGUGGUAUUAUUUGGAACAACCAACCAGAAUGGUUCUUUUGAGGUCAGUUUGUUCAACAUACUUUUUUUUCAAUUUUUGAAGUGGAUAAUUAUCCUCAUCAACAAGGAAAAAAAUCCUAUCGACAAAAGCUUGUAAAUCAAAAAUUUUGUGGGUCUAAAAAUACAACUUUUCAGAAAAUAUUGGCUCUGAAACAAUUGGAAACAAUUGGCUCUGAAACUCAUAAACUUUGAAUUUCUAGUAAAUUCAUAGUAGCAGACUGAUUUUUGAUAAUCAAGUAUAUGAAAAUGAAAAGUUUGAAAUUUUAAAACUUUUUGUCGGUUUCUCAUAAUUUUUUAAAAAAUCUACCCAUAAAAACGUCCGUAACCUUGCCAUUUUUGUCGAAUCCACCAGUUUUGAGCUAGGGUUGAAUUUUAUCUGCAGCAGUGGUUUCCUAUUGGAAAACAUUCCGUUUUUACCCGUGUCUCAUCCCAAGUCCAAAUAAUAAAAACUUAAAAUUUUCAGAGCUUAUUACGCGGUUUGUGGUUUGACUUAUCCAAUUUACGUCGGCAUCAAUUUCAAAAGUUAUAUUCCAGACAGAGCACAGGUUCGUUUUAAUUUUCAAAAAAAAAAUAAACAGUCGAAUAUUUUGCAGGUUCUUGGUGGAAAAACACUUCGCGAUGAAAUUUUGAAACCAACUUCAAAAUAA